AUGAAUCAAGCUCCUUUGAGUGCAACUGGCGUCAAUUUUUACAUUUCUGGGCCCCGCCCUGCACGACUCUUCCCAACGCCGAUCCACGAGUUUCGCAAGGGCAAGUAUGCCACAGCUGGAGGAGAAAGUGGAUUCAUGACCGUGUUUGAGUACGACGUUCGUGGCCACACAAUGAUGAUCGACGUCGACACCUCUUUUGUCCGCUUCACCUCGAUCACUCAAGCGCUCGGCAAAAACAAAGUCAACUUUGGAAGACUUGUCAAGACAUGCCCUGCUUUAGACCCGCAUAUCACGAAACUCAAGGGCGGAUAUCUGAGCAUCCAGGGCACGUGGCUGCCGUUUGAUCUGGCGAAAGAGCUCUCGCGCCGGAUCGCCUGGGAGAUUCGAGAUCACCUGGUGCCUCUGUUCGGAUACGACUUUCCUUCGACUUGCCUGCGACCGGACUCUGAAGGGUUCGGUCAGCUAGCUAUCGGUAUGUCGCAGAAGCGUGCACGCAAGCGUCACAACAACGGCGGCCCUCACCAGACGUCGUGUUACGGCCCGAGUCUGCCCAUCUCGAUCGAGUUGUGGCAACAUUCGACUGACCCUCUGCGAGAUCUUGGUGAAUCUAGUGUGGUCGGUGGACAAGCUAUCGAACAUGUUUCCGCAAAGAACAGUGCUGUUCAGCCUUGUUAUGGAUCAUCGCAGCCGGCAACGUUUCACUACAGCAAGGGAUACGGAUUGGAAAGCCGUCCGUGGUACGGUCAAGAUUACCUCGAGUCCAACAGCCUGGAAAGCAUGUGGAAUUCAGCGCAAGCCGGCGGCGGAUCGGUGGGCUUGCAGGUUCCCAUCUCGACCUGUGGCGCCACAGCAUCGCCUUGCUUGGCUGCGAUCGGGGCGAAUGGCGGCUCACCAAUCUUGUCAUCGCCACCUUCGUCUAACGCAUCGUCUUCGUCGAAUCAAAGCUAUACGGCGGCUGGGUACGGCUUGAUGGUGCCACCCACCGUGCCUUCGCACUCUGUCAACAGCGAGGCUGGCGCCAACCAAGCCGAAGGUCCAACACCCAUCGAUGGCUCGCGUAGCUACGCGAGUCUGACCGCGCACGGCUACGCGACGGGCUACGGUGACGCCAACGCUUCGCUGUCGACAUGGAACGAUGCAACGCAUGCUUCAACCUUCACGCUUCAUGUCCAUGCUCAUGUACAUUUCCAACCGCCAGAUCCCGAAAGCGCCCAACUAUUCACUAUACACGAUUUUGGCUCUGACCCUUUUUACGCAGAACAAGUAGAACGCGGUUGA